UGUUGGUGUCUUACUGCCUUUUAUUAAACCUUUUAAAAUCUCCCAAGGAAGUGAACCUCUUUUUUUCCCAACGGCUAGGGCGGUCAGGCAUUGGAACGGGUUGCCGGAAGGAGGGAAGUCACCAUCCCCGGAGGCGCUCAGGCCCUGUGUGACGCGGCUCGGGGCUCUCGGCGGCAGCCGGGGGCUGUUCUGCCGGGAUGACCCCGCGGCUCUCUGUCAGCCAUGACGCUCCCGCCAUUCCGGAUCGCCGCCACUUGCGCGUCACCGCCCGCGCGCCCGCCGUGCCCCUCCCGCGGCCGAGUGCGCAGGCGCGGUGCCCCGGUCACGUGUGGCGCUGUGGCGGCGGCGGCGGCGCCAUGGCGGUGAACUACAGCGCCAAGGAGGAGGCGGACGGGCACCCCUCGGGCGGCGUCGGCGUGCCGGGCGGAGGCGCGGUGGGCGGCGGCGGCGGGGGCGCCGUGAAGACCCGCAAGCCCGACAACACCGCCUUCAAACAGCAGCGGCUGCCGGCUUGGCAGCCCAUCUUGACGGCGGGCACGGUGCUGCCGGCCUUCUUCAUCAUCGGCCUCAUCUUCAUCCCCAUCGGCAUCGGCAUCUUCGUCACCUCCAACAACAUCCGCGAGUACGAGAUUGACUACACAGGAACAGAACCUUAUAGUCCCUGCAACAAAUGCUUAAAUGUGUCCUGGGACAGCCCUUGUACAUGCACCAUCAAUUUCACACUGGAACAUUCAUUUGAGAGCAAUGUAUUCAUGUAUUACGGACUUUCCAACUUCUAUCAAAACCACCGUCGUUAUGUGAAAUCUCGAGAUGACAGCCAGCUAAAUGGAGACAACAGUUCACUACACAAUCCAAGUAAGGAAUGUGAGCCUUACCGCACAAAUGAGGACAAACCCAUUGCUCCUUGUGGAGCUAUUGCCAACAGUAUGUUUAAUGAUACACUGGAGUUAUACCGCAUUGAUAAUGACACAAGGACUCCGAUUACUUUGACCAAAAAAGGCAUUGCAUGGUGGACAGAUAAAAAUGUGAAGUUCAGGAAUCCUACAGGAGAUGGAAACAACUUAACUGCGCUUUUCCAAGGCACAACAAAACCUGUGAACUGGCCCAAGCCAGUGUAUAUGCUGGACCCAGAGCCUGACAACAACGGCUUUAUCAAUGAGGACUUCAUCGUGUGGAUGCGCACAGCUGCUCUGCCAACGUUCCGCAAGCUCUAUCGUCUCAUCGAAAGGAAGAAUAACUUUCAGCCUACCUUACAGGCUGGAAAAUAUUCUUUGGAUAUUGCAUACAAUUAUCCUGUACACAGUUUUGAUGGACGAAAGAGGAUGAUCCUGAGCACCAUCUCGUGGAUGGGAGGCAAAAAUCCCUUCCUGGGAAUUGCUUACAUCACUGUUGGGUCCAUAUGCUUCUUCUUAGGAGUGGUAUUGCUGUUCAUUCAUCACAAAUAUGGCAAUCGAAACACCAGUGCAGACAUUCCCAAUUAAUCUUGCAUUCUGAAAAUAACUGUACUGCAUGUGCAUCAAGGCCAGUCCAGAAUGGACCCAGUUUUUGAAAGACAAAUCUGUGCUUCUGUCAUUUCUGAGACUGGGUGCAUAAUUUUUACCUAAAGCUCCCCUUUCCCAUACUGUGGAUUAACUCUGAAAAUGACGGGUAUACAAUUAGCUUUAUUGAUUGUAUCUCAGCCUAUGUCAGAAACAGUUUUUCUGAUGUUUGCCUCUAACUGGGCAGGCCACAUGAUGCAUAUAGCUCCUGUUCCCUUGAUGCAUCUGCUGCUUGUUCAUGUGCUAUGUCAUGUUGGUAUGAUUCAGUACAUUUAGAUUGUGUGCAGAGAGAUGGUUAUAAGAUGCUGUAAAUUGCUGACUUUCCAGAAUUCAGGUGUCAGUGCUGUUGGAAGAAGUCAAGUCUUAAAUGUUUUCUUCGAUUUACUGUCUUGUGUGCAUGGGCUCCUACAUUUCUUGCUGAGAUUUUAAUAUAUUUAUACAAGUUGUUAAAUAUUUUUCCUGUGUCCUACCCACCUCUGUUAUAUUAAAUCCUUUAAGUGCUCUGUAAACUUCAGCACUCUGGAUUCUUUGUAUAUUUACAAUAUAUGUGCCUGGCCAGUAAAUGAGCAUCCUAUGAAAAUACCAGAAAAUCUUAUUUGUUAAUUAUCUGUAUGAGACCCUUUAAAAGAUUGAUCUAAAUUGGGACAUGCAUGUUGCAGGUAUAAUAUUUUUAUAAUUUUCUUUGCUUUAAGUCAUAUCCAGUACUAAUUCACUUUUUGCUGGUUUUGCUUUUUAUGAGCAGCACCAAGCAUUAAUCAAGAAGAACUAAAAGGUUUUUUUGAUUCAUACAUUGGGUGAAUUCCUUUUACUUGGAGGAGUUUCCUAAUUUUUUUAAAGCAUAUGUAUUCUGAGCAGGCUUUGUUUUAAGGGAACUUUAUACUUUUUUCCUUAUUUGGAGUGAACACCACAUUAAUUUUUUGCGGUGUUAAGGAAGUAGACUAGAAGUUCAGAAGUUGAGAUGGCAGUGACAUUUUUCCCUGAAAUGCAGGUUUAGCUUGCUGUGAAACAUAAUUUAAAUACUGCAGUUAGACACAAUGUGCAGGUUAGUGUCUUAAAUUACAGAAGGAUUCACCUUUAGGUUAAUUAAAAGUUAACUGCAACCUGUAAGAUAUUACUUUUUGGUGAUUUUUUUUUAGAUGAUGCACAGAAACUGUAAUGUAUAUGGUGGAGAUCACUUUAUAUGCAACUAGCUUGAUAAAGUAUGGAGUAUAUUAAAAGAGACUUAAUAAAUUCUGCAAACCAUUUAGUAAGA